AUGGGCAAUGCAUCAUCAUUUUCUCUACCACGAUUAACGACACAUAUUCAUACCAGUAGUGGUGCUGUGUUUCGUCUAUCCUAUUGGGAUUUAGUUGAUCACAUUCUAUUACUUCGUCAGGUGAGCAAUCAUCCAGAAAUGACAGAGAAAGGAGAAAAAUUAGAUUUUUACGUCCAAGACUACUGUUAUCGAAUGUCUAAAAAUCAAAUUAUGAGUAAACGUCAACAAUCAGAACUUUCAUGGCAAACCGACUGGAUUUGGCAAGUACAUCGUCUUCAUCCUAUUGCAUAUUAUAACGAUUGUAUCAAACAAAUUCCUGCAAAAAAGGAUACAAUAAUAGUUCCAACAUUUGAUAUCGAUUUAAUAUGGCAUACACAUAUGAUAUAUCCAAUGAAUUAUCUGGAAUUCUCUACAGCUUUAUGUGGAUAUUUGCUUGAUCAUGAUGAUUCAAUCGCUUCGACAAUAUUAACUGAUGCUUAUCGAGAUACAGCUGAACGAUGGAAAGUUGCCUAUGGAUCAGAAUACGGUCAGAAUAUUGAUCGUAACAGUUCACUCAAAUAUUUUGAUCCCAGACGCUGUGCCAUGAUUCACAAGCCUGACGAGAGAAAACGAUCCAAAUAUGAAAGUUCUGGUGGACGUGAAGGAUAUAGGAAAAAUAGAGAUGGAUAUAGUAAUUCAGAUGAUGGUGGAAGUUCAUGUGGAGGUGAUUGUGGAGGGGACUAA